CCUCCCACACACUUGCUUUUGGGUGGAGACUGUGUAGGUGAGGCCUGCUUGCAUGGUCUCUCUUAGCUCCAGGUCAGGGAUGGGUGUACAGGUUCUGGCAAGCAAAAUUUGGAAAAAGUUGACGUAGUAGAAACAAAGUUUUGAGGUUAUGGAUGGGAGAGGUACUGGGAUAAGGGCACUGUUAACCUCCAGGUCACCAGGGAUAUUCUUUCCAAGUCUGUGGUAGUGACCAAAAGUCAGUGCUCUCUGAUUGCUGUUCAGUAGCCUAGGUGAAAUGAAGUUGCAUCUAAGCCAGAUCUUUGUUAUCAACAUUAGCCAAUAUAAUAAUGUUAGUUAUGGGUGUGGUGUGUGUAGACAGUUCUGUGCCAGAAGAAGUCCUAGUACAGAUGCAUUAGGAGUGCUUCAGCCUGGCAUAGUGUAUUUCUGCUCCAGGGGCCAACAGAAGCUAUCUGGGCCAAAACACUUGCUUUACUGGUUUAAGCUGUGCUUUCAUUAGCCAGGCUCGCUACUCUAGCUGUAUUGCAAGCCUCCUUGAAUGUGGGUCUUGCCUUUGCUUAGGCUGGGGAUAUCUGGUCACAUUGGACAACUGUGAUUUAUUUUUCUUGGUUGUCUUAGUCAAGGGACCAAGUACAGAAUGAGCUGAAGGGGCUGUACCCAUCACAUGGUCCUCUGAAGUAAGGAAGGAUGGCAAGAUAAUGUGUAAGGGUGGAUGGAAAUUGCUCUGCUCGUUUCCAUUCAAUAGCUUGCUAUAGGACUAGAGAGAAGUUUAAUUUCCUGGGCUUUCAAGCCAAUUCCUUACACCAUUGUUUGGUUGAUUAGAUAUCAACUUUAUGAGAGCAGGGAGGGGGGAAGAUCAGAAUUGCCUUGAUUUCCCUGUAAUGUUACAGGUUUUGUUUGAAUUCUUUCAGCAAAACACUUUCCUUGAAUGUUGAAUGCUUUGAUUUUUCUGUUGUUCUGGUUUACCUGGUGGACUACCCCAGGUACCUCAGCAGGGAGCUGAGGAGGGAGGUUAGAAAUCAAGCACAGGUUUAAGUGAGGGCAGAUGAAAUAUUAAGAACAAUCUGUCCCAUACGCCCAAUCUGGUGACCAGGUCAGGUGCUGAAAACACUGGGUUCGUUCUUUUUUUUCCUUUUCCAUUUUCCUUCCUUUUCUCUCUGACCUGGACAUUAUUUUGAGCUUAUAUGAGGCAAUAAGCACAAUGCAGCAAAAGUUCCAAUUAAAACUCAAGGCUUUGGUCAUGUCUGGAAGGUGGGCAGCAUGUUUAAGAUGAGCUUCAAAAGCCUCAAGUGAAUACAACAGACAGCUUAAAAGUAAGAAAAUACUUAUUUGCUGUGUUAUUGGAGGCAUACAAUGCAACUCAUGCCUAUUCAGCUGGGCAGAGGGCUUUCUUUUCCAUUGUACUGAGGUGCUGCCCUCUGUGGACUCGCUACUGAAUUCCACCCCAGAGAUCUCAGUGAUGCCUGAUCCUAUUAGGAUAGUUUUGGUAUCACUUCAGUUUAUACAAUCCUUUGGAAUGAAUGCUGUCAUGUAAGUGCAAGUUACUGUAUUUCAGCAACUUCAUAGUUUAGAUGAAUUCAAUCACUUUGUUGUUACAGCAGUGUAUCUUUUCCUAUCAGAUUUUGAUCUGGUCUUAGAGACUCAAUCUGUCAUUUUCAGAGGACUCGUGCAAGAAUUUAGUUAUUGCCAUCUAAAAAUUGCUAUUUGUGUUUUAUUAGGUCAUUGCAAUAGUCUAAUUGGUGAUGCUGGAUCCUUCCAUACAGUUUCUAAAGUCUUGGUUAGUUUUAGGCUUGAUUCAAACUUCUUUCAGAAGUGGUUGGUUCGGGGGGGGAAAAGUGAUUAUCUGAUCUGAAAGCUGCGCGCUCCCACACAUACACCCACACACACAUACUCUCUCUCUCUGUCUUCAGGGAGGAGAUAACGCAAUCUCUUAAAUGUAGUGUAUACCAGGUGCAGGUUGCCGCCUCCAUUACAGAUCUGAACAUGAGCAUACGUGCAAAACACUCAGCUGGUUAAUUUCUUUCAUCACUCAUGUAAGCUAUAUAAAGUCCUUCCUAGUAGCUGAGUUUGCCAGCACUGUAAGUUACCAGUGUGAAAAUUCAGCUGAUCUCUCUUCACAAAAUGUACUUUUUUUCUGUAUCUUCCCUGUGCACAUGUAAUCAGAAAGGUUAGUAUGACACCCUUCCCUCCCCCCUUUUCAAAGGUCACAGAGUGUUUGAGGUUUGUUUUUAGAGACUGUUCCUGGCACCUUGUGCCCAUGCUGGACCGAGAGCGCCUGCUUGGAUCCCUGCCAUUACCUGAUUUAAAUCAGUCUGCUCAGUGUCAAAAGACUAGAGGGAGACACCAGCACAAGGAGCCACUGCUGGCAAGGGAGCUCUUUCGAAAAGAAAAAUAGACUCUAGAACGACGAAUGGAGUUCCCUAACCUGGAGCCACACGUGCCUGGGGCAAACUGUUCUCCAGUACCAAGAGACCCAGGGUGGACUAAGGUAGUGUCUCUGUUGACCAUGGGACCCAAGACCAUUGUUCCUCGGGCACGGACGUUUACAGGAUGGAGGAACAUUCAGAAAGCGAAGCUCAUGGAUUUCACCAGCACUGUCAUCAUCCCACUGCUUAUUGGCAGUGUGGGUAUCUUUGGCCUCUUCAGGCUGCUGCAGCGCAUGCGAAUGCGAGCCUAUCUGCAGGACGCGGUGGUGGUGAUCACAGGGGCUACGUCUGGCCUGGGGAAAGAGUGUGCCAAGGCUUUCCACAUAGCUGGCUCCAAGCUCGUGCUCUGUGGCAGAAACAGCGAGAGACUCCAGGACCUGGUGCGGGAGCUUUCUGCUAUGACCAACCACCCAAAGAACGUGCACAAACCUUACACCGUGGUCUUUGACCUGGCUGACACUAACACCGUUUUAAGUGCUGCUGAAGAGAUCUUGAAGCAUCUGGGUCAUGUGGACAUACUGAUCAACAAUGCGGGCAUCAGUUACCGAGGCACGAUCCUGGACACGGGGGUGGACGUGGACAAAAAAGUGAUGGAAACCAACUACUUUGGGCCUGUUGCGUUCACAAAAGCACUUCUACCCUCCAUGAUCAAAAGAAGACAAGGCCACAUUGUGGCAAUCAGCAGUGUUCAAGGCAAAAUAAGCAUUCCUUUCAGAUCAGCAUAUGCAGCCUCUAAGCACGCCACGCAGGCCUUUUUCGAUUGUCUACGAGCAGAGGUGGAGCAGUUUGAAAUCGAUGUGACUGUUGUGAGCCCUGGCUACAUCCAGACUAAUCUCUCUCUCAAUGCCAUCACAGCAGAUGGAUCUCAGUAUGGAGUGAUGGACAAGAACACCCUGGAGGGCCAAACGGCUUCAGAGGUGGCUCAAGUGGUUCUUUAUGCAGUGGGACAGAAGAAGAAGGAAGUGCUAGUUGCUGGUUUAAUGCCCUCUCUGGCUGUCUACCUGCGAACGCUCGUCCCCAAGCUCUUCUUCACUUUUAUGGCAUCUAGGGCAAGAAAGGAAAGGAAAGCAAAGGCCUCGUAG